AUGAAGACCUGCAUAAGUCCGUCAUUCUCCAGCCAGCACACCCGCCGCGGCGCAGCAUCAAGCCAUUCCUCCAUCACCCGUCCCCCACGGCUCUUCCUCUCCACCGCAUCCGCACACCACACCGCGUCGCCCGUCGCCAGCGCACCCGCAAUUUCAAUGGGUAACACGGCGGAGCAGCAGGCGGCGUUCGCGGCCUUCGACUUCGCGGGAAGCGCGGCGUGGCGCGACUAUUUCAACAACCUCACCAUUCCGCCGGAUAGAGCCAACGAUCCCGCCGUACUCCGCCGGUACAGACAAAAGUUCUUCCGCCAGUGCGUAGACUCCGACUUCCAAGUCGACCCUCUGCAGCCCGCCGCUUCCCCCGCCUCCGCCACGCCCCCCGCCUCGUCCGCCUAUGCCGCGCCCUCCUCCGCCUCCACUGCGCCCCGACCCUCAGCCUCGGGCCGAGCCUCGGCAGCUGGCACGGGAGGCAGCGGCGCUCCUGGCAGCAGCGGCAGAACCGGAGGUACUACCAGCAGUAGCACUGGCGGUUCCACAGGUGGUAACACGCGCAUGGGCCUGCAGACAUACACGUUCGUGGCGCACGCGUGGGUGGUAACGAUGGCGCUGGUCGCGCUCUUCCCCCUGUGCCCGCGCGCGCUGCUCGUGUGUGCCUUCCGCUUCGCCCUGUUCGGCGGGCUCGUCGCGUCCGCCCUCUCCAUCCUGCAGCGCCACGGCCGCCCCGCCGCGCUCUCCCUCCCCGCACUCAAAUCCUGGCUGCAAACCCUCCUAACCGGACCCCACCUCCUCACGCUCAUGCACUGCUCCGUCUUCCUCCCGUCCCCGCACCCCAUCGCGCUCGCGCUCCUGCCCCUCGCCGCGCGCUCCCUCCUCCCGCUCACCACGCAUCUCCAGCAGAACUUCAGCCAGGCAAGCCUCUACCGAUCAUACCUUUCAAAACCCUGCGAGUGGGUAGCAGCAAAUCGACAACAGGUAGAGCUAUUCACAGCAAACACAGAGGUCAUGCUAGGGCCUCUCCUAGCGUUCUACCUGCUGACUCCCCAGCGCAGCUUCUUCCAGGUGUUUCUGUACUGGCAGCUGCUCAAGAUGCGGUUUCACGCGCCGGCAUCGGCGUGGUAUCACCGGCAGAUCUGGGGGCAUUUGGAGACGACGGUGCUGCCGCAUGUGCAGCGGUACGUGCCAAUGCUGAUGACGCCCAUUGGGUAUGUGCAGCGAUGGUUCCAGAGUAUGGGCCGGGCUUGA